GGAAAAAGAACCAUCGCCCAAGUCCUCGGGGAGAUUUCGCGCCAAAAAUGCCCGGAACGCAAAUGUAAACAGAAGAAUCCAACUUCAAAACAAGUAGGGAAUAGUAGACCCUCCUCCAGCAUUUUACUCAUGAUUGGAGAAACCUGACUCCCACCAUGCCGAGUGCCACUGAGGUGCAGAAUAUCCCUCCACGGGAAAAGGGGCAAAGGGGUAUAGACUCCUUUUUUAAGAGCCCAAAAGCAUCUCCAGUAGUCAAGGACAAGAAAGAUCUGUUUUCAUAUUUCAAGAAAGUAAACAGCAGUCUAGACCAGUUAAACGGAACAAGUAAGCUAAAGGAGACCAAAGAAGAGGAAGUUUUGGAUUCAGGUGUUGUUGAGCAGGAAAAGGAGGAGGUUGAAAUAUCAGGAAAUGGGAGUGACACAACUGAUAUAGAGGGUGAAGCCAGUGAGACAGAAAAGGAUGAGCAAGCAUCGUCCCAGACAGAUGGGUCAUCCACUGAAAAUUUGGUCGAAGAGGAGUCGAGUGCAUCUGUGUCUGAAGAAGAACCAGAAGUCUUAGAGGUAGUAAAGGAGAAAGUAUGUAAGAGCAGCGAAAAACCUACAGAAGGGUUGAGUUCCGGGAGACAGAACGUCUUCGCAUUCAUGAUGGCUCACAGGAGUAAACAAAAUGAGGUGUUGAAGGAAAUGAGAGAAGAGGAGGAAUCGCUGAAAAUGACAGUUCAGAAACCUUGCUGAAUAAAAAAGGUGUUAUUAGUAAUAGUGAGGAAGAAGAAUGUGAUGGCAAGAAAAGUAAAAAGGUGAAUGAAUCAAACAAUACUGCACAUAUGGAUGAAAAUAAAGUAAAGAAGAAAAUAGGGGAAAGAGAAAAGGACAGUACGUAGAAACAAGAAAUCUGUCAGGAAAAAAGGUGCAAUUGACAGAGACCGAAUCAUCAUCAGAAAGCUGCGAAGAGCUUGAAGUAGUUUUCGAGAAAAAGGAUGCCACUAGUAAAAGUAAUUCCCACAAUCCAGCCAUAGUAUCCAAAGCCAAACCUAAUACGGUCCCCACAUCAUACACUGGUGGAAAUGCUUUUGCUUUCAUGAUGGCAAAUAGACAUAAGCAGGACAAAGCUCUUUCAGAGAAUGAAUCAGGAAAAGGAGAGACCAGCGAGGGUGACAAUAACGAAAACUCGGACGCUCCCACAGACAAUACAGAGAAGAAGAAGAACAAAGGAAGGAGUAGAAAGAAAAAGCAAGAAGAUUUAAAUUCAUCCCUAGCUGAUUUUGAGGUUUCAGAGAAAGAGGAACCAAAGAUCAGCAAGCCAAAGAAAACUGUAAGGAAGAGGAAAACAAAUCCUGCAGUUUCAGGGCAAUCAGAUCCUCCAGUUGAGGUAUCUGAAAUCAAAAGCAGAAGGAGGACAUGGAGUACCCAAGAUUCCAAUUCAGACAACUGAAACCAAAGCAGAAGAGAAAGUCACCAAAAAGAUUAGAGAGACUGUCUCAAAAAUCAUGUCCGAAACUACAAAAAGCGGAAGGUUCGCAAAGGAACUCUAGUAAAAUUGCAAUGUCAGAUGAUGAAGAGAAAUGUCAAACAAGUAUUAAGGAUGAGAGAGGUGAUGAAGAGAAAUGUCAAACAAGGAUUAAGGAUGAGAGAGAUGAUGAAGAGAAAUGUCAAACAAGGAUUAAGGAUGAAAUAGAUGCACCUGAAACAAAACCUCCUACUGAGACUGCAGAAGAUGGAGACAACAAUGUUAGGCAAAAGAAUGUUAAAGUGAAAGCUCCUAAGCCUAAGAAAGUGAGACGAAAACAGAAAAUUAGCAGUCAGAAUAUAGUAGUAAAAGACAAAUUAGAACAAGUAACAAACAAGGUGGCUGAGAUCCCUGUAGAAAAAAAUACAGAAGAAAGCCAGAUCAAGUCAGAGAUAGUAGAGACUAAAAACAAGAAAAAUGUACCUGCUGUAGAAGUUUCCAGUAUGGAAAAUGGUGAAAGAGUGAAGAUUGAAACUGCAGAAGCUGAGGAACCACCAAGGAAGAGAAGAAGGAAAAAAGUAGACUAUACAGUCGACUCUGAUAAUGAAGAUGUCAUUGAUCAUAAAACAAGCCACAAAAUUAAUCCUGAGGAAACAGGAGACAAAGAGUACACCAUAACUGAUGCUGACACAGAAAAUAGUUCAAAGAAAGUAAAUAUUUCAACCUUCUUCAAAAAAAUCUCCAAAGAAGAGAAGGCAGCUGAGAGAAGCAAGAACAUUUUUACAGUCAAGGCUGAUGUUCACGCUCCAUGUGAUGGAAUGCUAGAAUCCAGCAAAAUGGAACAUGCAGCAAAGAGAAAGAAAAUACAAGGUAAUGAAACUGCUGAUAAAGAGAAUGUCAGUGACAUCCCCAAAGACAAGAAGAAUGAUAGAAGAAUCAGUAGAAGGAUAAUGAAAAGACAAGAACUUGAGGAGCUAAAUAAGAUAGAAUUACUUGAGCAGAUUACACCUACUAACUCACCCGUAAAGUUACCAGCACAGAAUUUAAGAGAGAUUAAUAUAACGAGUAACGAUUUACCAAAGAAGGAAAGGGGGACAGGCACUAUCACAGAGGCAGCAGCAGUGGAGAGUAAAACCUUUGAAACAAAGAAUAAUGUUGCAAAGAAAAUAAGAAAUAAGGCAAGUAAGAGAAUAUUGCAAGAAGAAGAAAAUGAUUGUACCAAAAUAGAAGAGAGUAAGAAUGGAGAUGAGGCUAAGAUUCCCUUGGAAGACCUUCCUGUAAAUGAAGAAAACACAGAAAAGAAGGAACCUGCAAAGAAAUCUAGAAGAAGAUUGUCAAGGAAGACAGUCAGUGAACCUCCAGAUACAUUGGACCAAACCAUUCUCCCAAAAGAGAAUACCUUACCCAAAGCCAUAGUAGAAAGUAUAGAAACUCCAUCCUCAGAGCUGGAUGCCACAGACGACGAGAUCUUUCCUAAAAGCACCAGAGCUACCAGAACUAGGAGUCUAAACAAAUCAGCUCAAGAUAGUAAUACCGACACUGAUACAAGCAUAGGGUCCAGGAAGAGAUCACCAAGAACGAGAAAUAGCCCGUUAUUGGGAUCCGUGGAGAGUGAGGAUGAUAAGGAGAAUGUUGUUCACUACACGUCUACGCUUAUUCAGAAACCUGGGAAACUGAGCCUGAGAUUGAAGAAAGUUCAACCAACUUUGAAGACCAAAACCAAAGGAAGAAAAUCUUUAAGUCUAAAGCACAAUAACGUAGCCGAGAGUUGCCCCGCGCAGGCCAAAGCUAGAGAACUUGUGCAAAAGGCUAAACUAGCCAAAAGGAGUCCCUAA